AUGUCCCUUGAGUGUAAGAAGUGUGGCAAGUGUUUUACCAAUAUACCACGCUUUAGGGCUCAUGAAAGAGUUCACACUGGGGAAAAGCCAUAUGAAUGUAAACAGUGUGGCAAGUGUUUUAGCCAAGCAGGAAGCCUAAAGACUCAUGAAAGAGUUCACACUGGGGAAAAGCCAUGUGAAUGUAAACAGUGUGGCAAGUGUUUUAGCCAAGCAGGAAACCUAAGGACUCAUGAAAGAGUUCACACUGGGGAAAAGCCUUAUGAAUGUAAACAGUGUGGCAAGUGUUUUAGUGAAGCAGGAAGCCUAAGGACUCAUGAAAGAGUUCACACUGGGGAAAAGCCUUAUGAAUGUAAACAGUGUGGCAAGUGUUUUGGCCAAGCAGGAAACCUAAGGAGACAUGAAAGGGUUCACACUGAGGAAAAGCCUUAUGAAUGUAAACAGUGUGGCAAGUGUUUUGGCCGAGCAGGACACCUAAAGAGCCAUGAAAGUGUUCACACUGGAGAAAAGCCUUAUGAAUGUAAGCAGUGUGGGAAGUGUUUCAGCCAAGCAAGACUCCUAAGGACUCAUGAAAGAGUUCACACUGGGGAAAAGCCUUAUGAAUGUAAACGGUGUGGCAAGUGUUUCAGCCAAGCAGGACGCCUAAGGAUUCAUGAAAGAGUUCACACUGGGGAAAAGCCUUAUGAAUGUAAACAGUGUGGCAAGUGUUUUAGGGAAGCAGGAAAUCUAAAGAGUCAUGAAAGAGUUCACACUGGGGAAACGCCAUAUGAAUGUAAACAUUGUGGCAAGUGUUUCAGCCAAGCAGAACGCCUAAGGACUCAUGAAAGAGUUCACACUGGGGAAAAGCCUUAUGAAUGUAAACAGUGUGGCAAGUGUUUUAGGGAAGCAGGACACCUAAGGACUCAUGAAAGAGUUCACACUGGGGAAAAGCCAUAUGCAUGUAAACAGUGUGGAAAGUGUUUUAACCAAGCAGGAAACCUGAGGAAACAUGAAAGAUUCCACUCUCAGGGCAGAUUACUUAAAUUUUCCCAGAAAAACAAACGUCUGUCCAAACGAUUGGAAUCCUGUACACGAAAGAGAGCAGGAAGUGAAAACGUUGAUGUCAGGGCAACAGGCUUUACAGAGAACCAGCAGACACAGAGAGGAACCAGAAAAAAUGGUGUAACCGAUGCACGAUCGGUCAUCAUUGAAAAACACAGCUGUUGGAUUUGUCAAGAGGAGAUGAGUAGUGAGGCUCUUCUUCUUCAACAUUAUGAAAAUCAUAUGAGGCAUGUUUGUGACGAUUAUUGUUCAAGUUAAAAAAAGAGAUUUGGUCCUUUUUAGUUCCUCUCUUUUGUUUGUUUGUUUUUUUUGGUGCUUUGACAACAUUUUUUAUUUUUGCAACUUUUAAAAUUUCAAUUGGUUUUGUUUAACGCAUGUUGCUAUCAUAAUGUUCAUUCGAUGUGAAUGAUUAUCUAGCUGGAAUUAACGAUGAAGGGACAACUUCUCUAUUAUUUCUUUCAUAAGGGAAAAACUCGGUUUAAAUCAAAGUCUUAGUGCCUCUUAGUUUAGUCUGCUACAGAGCCGUUUUUAGUGUCGUCACGCAACGCUCCUCCCCACAAACGGUUUGUGGGAGGAGCGUUGCGCGAGGACACUAAAAACGGCUCUGUAGCAGACUACUCUUAGUUUUAAGCGUUAAAUUUUUUUACGUGACCACUUUCAGAAGACUUUAACUUCUCAUGAUAUGAAUGGAAAGAAACUUUUUUCUUACAAUGUAAAAAAGGGCUUUCUUACUUUCAUCCAUAUUCUACAGUCUUGUAUUUAUGAUGUUCUCAUGGCCUUGGUUCCUGGAACUCUCCAGUUAUUAUAAUAACUGUUACCCCUAUUAAAGAAUGCCAAUCACUUAUUAAUGACUUUUGACAAUAUUUAGAUAGAUAGAUAGAUAGAUAGAUAAUCUUUAUUUAUCCACGGUACAAAAUUCGUCAGCUUUAAAAAUGCCUAAUACUAAUAUAAUAAAAAUAUUUAAAUAAAAAAGCUGCUUUCCACGAAUGCCGUGCCUUACAGUUCUUUGAGUAGUCGUUUAAAUUGCCCAAGGGACUCUGCUUCCCUUAAGUUACAAGGAAGACUGUUCCAGAGAAUGGCGCCACUAUAGCUGAAGCUGUUUUUGUAAUAGUUUGUGCGCGGUAAUGGAACAUUGAGUUUAUUUUCAGAGUCCCUUAGGUUAUAUGCGACUUCUCGCCUUUCAAAUUUAGAACUAAGAUAGUUUGGAGCCAACCCGUGCAGAGACCUGUAAACCAUCGUAGCUCUUUGAAAUUGUUGCUGGCAAGCUAGGUUUUUCCACCCUAGAAGUUUGAAAAGGUGAUCAGCAUCUACGUCAUAGCUUGAGUAGGUCAAAACACGGGCUGCUCUGUUUUGUAGCUUUUGAACCUUAUUCCGUAAGGUUAUCCCACAGUUUCCCCAAACAAUGUUGCAAUAAUCAAAGUGUGGCUGUAUUAAAGCUUGAUAUAUUAGUUGUAAGGUCGCCUGAGGGACAAGGUGCCUUAUUCGUUUUAUGGCCCCAAUACCAGAAGCGACUUUCUUUGUUACUUUCUCGAUAUGGCCACUCCAAUCAAGUCUGUCAUCGAUGGUCACUCCAAGUGAUUUUGCAGUAGUGACCUGGCUAACUUCAAAAUCAUUAAUUGCAAAUGUCGGGGACUCUGUGAGAGUACUUAGCCUCUGCCUAGAUCCGAUAAGCAUAAAUUCGGUUUUAGUCACAUUUAGAGUAAGUUUGUUUGCUCUCAGCCAAUUGGGAACAUUUUCUAAAUCUUGAUUUAGAUGCAACUGAAUAUUGUCUGCAUUAUCACCUGCGUACGUAAGGUGGGUGUCAUCAGCGUACAUCCUCGGCUCACAAUUUGAAAGACAGUUUGGAAGAUCGUUGAUGUAUAACAGAAAUAAUAAUGGACCUAAAAUCGUCCCCUGGGGAACACCACAACUUAAUAAACAGCUUUGAGAGAGCGAUCCGUUGAUGGAGCACAUUUGAGUACGAUUCUCUAAAUACGACUUAAACCAUUGGUGCGCGUUACCAUAUAUGCCGUAAUUGCUUAAUUUUGAUAAAAGGAUCUCAUGGUCAACUGUGUCGAAGGCCUUUUUGAGAUCUAAGAAAACAACGGCGUUGAUUUUACCGCGGUCAAUAUUGUACGCCCAAGUGUCCGUGGCCUCAAGGAGAGCCGUGACAGUUGAGUGAAUAGCGCGAAAGCCUGAUUGAUAUUUACAGAUUAUAUUUUGCUCUUCUAGGUAGGCAUAUAAUUGAUCAUAGAAGAUUCUUUCAAAGACCUUGGCCAUAACUGAGAUCAUCGAAAUUGGACGAUAAUUGUUUAAGUCGUCCCGAUCGCCUUGUUUAAAAAGUGGGGUGACCUUUGCGCAUUUCCAGUCAUCCGGAAAUAUGCCUUGACUUAUUGACUGGUUAAAAAUAUCACGGAUAGGAAUGCAAAUGAGAUCUGCAUGUUCCCGAAUGAGCCUAGCAGAUAUCUUGUCAAGGCCAGCUGCCUUUGACUUAUUUAGACGAUUCAAAAGUGAGAGAACUUUAUUUGCACUGGUCGGAUGGAGCUGAAACCGUUUAUCUGUGCCAGUGAGGUACUUUUGAUAACCAUCACUAUUUGAGGAAUCAAUAUUGCUAGCAAGUUCUGGACCGAUAGUAGCAAAGUUAUUAUUAAAUUGGUUCGACAGCACAGUUGGAUUUGUUAUUGAUACUCCAUUUACUUUCAGAGAUGUCACCGAUUUUUUCCCAGAUUUUCGCGAAGUAAGUUCAUUGAUAGUCUGCCAGGUCUUUUUAGAAUCGCCCGUAUGCUUGUUAAAACUAUUUUGAUAAUAGGCUUGCUUGGCUAAUCUGAUUUCGCUAUUUACUAUAUUGCGUUGUUUUUUAAAAAGUGACCAGUCAUUUGAAUCAUUCGAUUUACUUGCUUUAAUCUUUAGAAUAUCCCGAUCAUGCAUUCGUUUCUUAAGCUCAGAUGUAAUCCAUGGGGAACUACGCGUGCGAACACGCAUUGUCCUCAAGGGAGCAUGCUUGUUAACAAUAGAUAGAAACGAGCAUUUCCAUUGUAGCCACAUUUCAUUGGGAUCAGUUGAAUUGUAUAUGUGAUCCCAACAAUGAGAUGCAAUAUCAUUCCGAAAAUUUAUUCGAUUAAAUUUUCGAAAGUUUCUGUAGAUUAUAGUAUUGUGCCCACCAGACAUUCCAUUCACGGAUAAUUUUCGAUAGGCAAAAACUAUGCUAUGAUCGCUAAUACUGAUAUGACGAACUCCCGAACACACAACUUUAUCUGGACAAUUAGUAUAGAUUACAUCAAUCAAAGUUGCAGAAGUCGGAGUUAUUCUGGUUGGUUCAGUGAUAAGUUGCUGUAGACCAUAAAUAUCAGUGAUACUCAUUAAUUUGCAUGUAUUAUUGUCAUAUCGAGUAGCAAUCAUGUCGCAGUUAAGGUCUCCCAUUAGAAAAUAUUCAAUAUUUUCGGAAUCGAGUUUCCCAAUUAAAGUUUCGAAAGGUGAAAAAAUACCAACAGGAGAAUCAGGUGGUCUAUACCACGUGGCAACAACAAACGGUUUAGAUCUAGUUUUUUGAAUUUCCAGACAUAGAUUUUCAAGAGUGUCCAUGUUUAAAUCAUUUCGUAUGGUAAAAUUUAUUGAACUUUUCACAUAGAAACACGCUCCUCCUCCACCGUUUGUAAUCCUAUCAAGUCGAAUUAUAUCAUAGCCAGAGAUGUUGACCUCAUUGUCGCUAAUAGUUUCAUUGAGCUUAGUUUCAUUAAUCGAUAAAAUAUCUAUUUCGUUAUGCGCUAGAAGAAUUCUAAGUUGAUCAAUGUGUGUGAUUAAUUUAUUGAUAUUUAAAGAGGCUAAUUUAAAACCUCGUUGAGAUGGCAACACUGAGGUAGGCUCAUGAGAUUCCUCAGUAUUGCGUUUUGUACAUUGAAUAGGCACGGCAUCGGUGGAUAGCGCAUCAUUUCAACCUAAACUCAUCUGAAAGUUCUUAAAAAACUGUUGAUUACCUGUAAAAUUAAGAUGUAGUCCGCCCUUGUUAAGUUCCUUUUCGGAGAUGUUUUGAUGCUGGAUAAAUUUCCGUCCAUUUUGCCGGCAGUAGAACUUCAGUUGUUUAUUAACUGUUUUCACGGCUUCAUUGAAUCCGUCUCUUCUUUGCACGAGCUCAGAUAUAAUUACUGUGGCAUCGGAUGAGUUUUCAAUUUGUCUGGCGAGAUCUACCACUGAGCCGGCAACUUGUUGUGGUUCUUUACUUUUGAGAUCAUUAGUGCCCACAUGCAGAAUUUAUUGGUGUUGAAAGGCCCUAUGUAUUAAGUCGGACAGUAUAAAGUGCCGCAUUCCAGUAAGUUGCUUGACACUACUACAACUCGAUUUUUAAUGCCUUUGAUCUCUUAGCAAGUUUUGUUAGUCCUUGUCUGGUAACCACUAUGGCUGAAAUCAAACCCACUUCACACCAAUUUAUCUGUUAUACACAACGUAAAUUAUACUUUUCAAGCUAAAUUGGAACUUUUUUUCUCAUUAUUUCAACAUUCGCACGGCAACAACGAAAAUUUUUUGUUACACCAUGCCUCGCAUGCCGUGUAAGGGAUGCUAUCGUAUUUCUAUCCUUUAAGCGUUUUCUUGUGGACAGGGGAAGACAAUUGAAAUACGUUACUGUUUUGGGUUGCGCUCCUUUUGACCAAUCUAAAUCCGGAUUUUGCGAUCCAACAUUUGAUUUUUCGUUGCAUCAAGGACUAAACCAAUCUAAGAUUGCAAUGUGAACGAUACGACACCGUACUUGCAUCGUUCAGAUUGGUAUCUCAAUCUGGUUUCAGAUUUUUGUUCCAUUUAACGAAACUGCUUUUCGAUCACAAGAACUUGCUCGAUCAUCAAUAAUGACGUUAGUUCAGGCAAAAGUUAUUUAUACUCCUCCUUUGUUCUAUGCCGCUAAAGGAUUGUGGUAUAUUAAACUUAAGGUCCACUGUAACUAAAUCCGUAAAAAAGCGAAAACGCUUGGAUUUUCUCACCAUUUUAAAGUUGUCCAAUGUGUGUGUGUUUAAAGCCCAGUGAGGGGCGGGGGGAGUGAUACUCCGGAGUUCAAGUGACAGGGAUGACCAAAUGGGGAAAAAAUCAAAACCCCCCAAAAUCCCUAGGGCUUAAAACAAGACCCAAAGAACUUCCUGGACCAAAAUUUAACCAGCAAAAAAAUUCCGUGCCGAGCCAUGAAAAUUUCCAGGAAGAGUUAAAUGAUAUAACUAUCAUGAAUCCUCAGAUUGUUUUGAAUACCCAAAACAAUCCCUACUUAAAUCAAGCUGCCCAAUAAAUACUUGCUAAAAUUUUCCUACCAAAACAAAUCCCGAAAUCGAAAAUUUGAAACCGAAAAAAAUCCUUUUAUCAUCCCUGUCACUUGAAAUCCGUAUUCCCGCCCCCCGCUGGGGUUUAGAGCGCAUUUCUCAGCACUUAAGAAUGUGUAAUUGUCUUCUGAAUGUUCUUUAAUCAAAUUCUAGAUAGUUUUAAGUUGAGAAGUGGCAAAGUGGCAACAGCAUGAACCACCACUAGUUAAAGAGCAACGUUUCUUUCCAUUUCUCCACCGUGAAGAGAAGACGCUGAAUUUAGGGAAAAGUUUUGGAAUUGAGAAGAAGAUCAGCGCAGCAGGCAGCUGCUGUAUGGAUCAAUCCAGUUAUUUCAAAUGUUUGUUCCGGCUAGCACGAAAAUUUUAACAAUCUGGAUUUUUUUGGACGCGUUCUGUUCGGAUAUUAGGGUGUGAUAGCCAAGAUUAGACAAUUUUGUGAUCGUUUUGAAAGUUUCAUAUUCGACACAAUUAAUUUUGAAAAUGAGGCAUAGUUUAUGAAAAAAAAGCUUUGGUUUACCAUGUUUAUCACCGCCUCUCGCGGUGUUUUUCUUUUUUCAUCAUCAUUCUAGUAUGAUGACCUUUUAGAAGAUUAUAGCAAAACAACUUUUACCAGUUAUCUCUGAUUCUCCGCAUUUUGUAAAAUAAAAUUAAAAGAAUAUUUAACCAAUAGUUUCUGUUAAGGUUGCUCGACUGGAUUUUUUUUUGGGGGAUACCUCCCAACUUUGAGCAUUAACUACGUCGGCAUGAAUAAAGAUAUGGAAAAAAGGGGUCGCCAUGGCAACGGAAUAACGCGAUUACGUUUUUCAUUUAUCUUUGUGUUUCUCUGUUCCAGGAGUUUUUUGAAGAAAUCGCUUAAGGGAGUAUGUACCUGCGAUAAUUGCCUCCAUUAUGGCAUACUUUGAACAAAUUCUAUGAGAGCGUUUUCGAAAUAUUUUGAAAUGUAGUUUUAAGAAUAAUAAAAACGGUGAAGUAGCGUGCUAACCACACAAUUCGCUAAUAUUUUAAGAAAAUGAUAAGCUUUGGGAACGAGGCUUCAUCUCAUAGUGGUUUGAUUCCAUUGAAAACUGCAUGCAAAAAAAAGAGGGGAAUUGCUCUGGGCGAUCGCGAGUAAGAAGAAUUUUAUUAACUUGCAUUCAGCUGCUUUUGGUACAGUUUUUGGACGUAAUUUGGUCCAUGCCUAAAAAUUUCGCAUUUUUCCAAAAACCGCUCGAUAAAUUUUUAUAUAAAUUCGGCAAUCCCGAGAUCAAUUGUCAAGAAAUAUUCCCUGCAAGUUUCAAGAACAUUGAAAAUAGAGAAGACUUUUAAAUAGGGCCUCAAAUAUAACCAAUUUCCCGCCCAGAUUUUGUGUUUACAAGUGACCGUCCUCAUUAUUAACUGGCAUUGUUUUCAAAAGAUGUAAAUUUGCAUAAAAAAAGAACUCUCGAUUACUUUCCGAAGAAAUAUCCGGAAUAUGCUAAUAAUUGGCUUGUCGUCACAGAUAGCAGUGAGAGCCGACACGGUGAACGUCGCGGCUCAUCGUGUAGGACGGAAUACUUAAUUAUCUUACUCGGGUUAUAACAUCCUAGAAACUCUCAAUAAGAGUUGCUCUGAUGUUAUAAUGUAUCAUUAAUCUCUUUACCCGGUAAUUAGCAUAUCCCGGAGAUUUAACCGAGGGUCCUUUUUGAUGCAAAUUCUAUCUUUUUGCUAAAUGUGCACGUGCAUAUGAAACUUGAAAACAAUGCCAGUGACUAAUGAGGACGCUCACUUGUAAACACAAAAUCUGGGGGGAAAAUUGGUUAUAUUUUAUAUCUUUAAUCAUGCCGACGUAGUUCAUGCUCAAAGUUGGGAGGUAUCAACCCCAAAAAAUCCAGUCGAGCCACCUUAAGUCUAAACACAAAUAUACUAAGGGACUUAUAAGUGAAUUCACACGUCACUUUAGCCACAGAAAAAAAAAAUUAAAAUGUACAGAUUAGACAUAGGAUAUUAAAUAAGUGAAUGUGAUCAUAUCCACUGGAAAAAUGGCUAAUUCGAGAAAAUCAAUUAGCUGAAAAAAAAAUCCAUCGAGAUAAAACUAAAGCUAUAGAAAUAUCAGCUGAAAUUUUUAAAAAAUAAAUCCAUCAUCCGAACAUCAAGGGUCUGUCAAGCCAAGCUCCUUAAAGAAUUGUUCAGAUUUAGUUUCUCUUACAUACGCUGCAUACUACUUCGUGCGCCUCGUUUUAUUUUUUUUAAUUCAAGCCUAUGUAAGCUGGAUUUGUCUGCAUUCAGUAUCAAACUGAAGUUACUGGAGUCGAACUAAUCCGUCUAUGGCCUGCGUGGCAGGCGCUUGAAAGGGAAGGGAAAGGGGGUUUUGGCGCCCCCUCGCGAUUCUUUCGCGAUCAAGACCCCCUUUCCCUUCCCUUUGAAACGCUCGUCACGCAGGCUAAUCUGUCUAUGUUGGCGUAUUUUGAUGAGGGAGUAGUCGUCUGUCUGUGCAUGGGCGGCGGCCGACAAACCGUCUUUAUUCUUUAGUGUCAUGAAAACGACCAAUCCGACAUUGAUGUCUUGCACUGUACUUGCUCCCGAUAUUGGUCCCGGCGUAACCACUUGAACUGCCGUUCGGUAAUCGAACUUAAUCGAACUCAAUCGAAGGAUUGGGUUCGAUUAAGUUCGGUAAUCGAACACAGUCGAACCCAAAAAAACUCGUAAGAGUUCUAUUUCCGCACUCAAUCGAAGUAAUCGAACUUACUUGAACGUUCUAAUCUUCACUCAAAAUAGGCAAGAACAAAGCAACAAAACAACCAGAUUAUCUACGAUCAUGAAGAAUAAAUGUUCCGGGUUUAUUGAAUUCGCUUGAUCGCUUUGUUUUACUGUAGCGCUGCUUAGUUUCCCUGGUCCACGUGGCAGAUACAAAAGUGGAGGAGGUCUGAACCUAAAAGGGACGCUAUAAAGUAAAAAAGUCUUUAACGGAGCAUAAUAUUCACUGUGUGAUUGAGGAUUCUAGUCUUGUUCUUCCCGGGUGUUCUUGUUCCUCUUCUUGCAAAAAAAUACACUAUACUGUGCACUGAUCCGCCACUCAGUGGUAGGACACCCUACAAAAAAUAAAACAUUCGGGAAAACACGCGCAAUUUUUUUUAUAACGUCCUAUUUUUUAAUCGAAUGAAUGCCAACUUCGACCAUUGAACCUAAUCGAACUCAAUCAAAGUUCGAUUUAAUUACUAUUUUUUUUGUAGUGUUCGAUCACCGAACUUAAUAGAACAUUAUCGGUCGAUUAAGUCGAUUAAAAAACGUUCGCGGAUUUACUUCAAGUGGUUACGCCGGGAUUGGUAGAGGAAAAGUUUGAAAGCAGAUUUCAUCAUCCUCUGACUUGUAGCAACCAGCUUAACAUAACUUUUAGUACAACUGACAAUCAGUCCAUUGUCACUGAGAACCGUAUUUAUAAAAUAAGGGAAUUCUCUUUGAAGGACAAGAAACGCGGGAAAACACCAGAAGUCAAAGUUCAAUCUCAGAGUCAGAUAUGGCUGUGUUUUGUUGUAUUUUGUUAGUAAGCGGGGACCGUUUUUCAUUGAUCUGAUCAAGGUCCGUGGUUUUCACUUCACCUCGGCUCUCCACACCCACCUCGGGCUUGACCUUGCUUGCUUGAAAAACUCGAAAAAAUAACUCAUGGGGCUGUAGCCUACAGGAAUAUGGCCGACGAGAACAGCCCUCACUACACCAAACACGUUUCUUGUUGUCUAUCACUAACCUUCGAUCGGAAAAACGAUUUGCACAUAGAAGGAAGAGAGGCUACAUAAAAGUAAAUACACUAAAAGUACAGCAAUUGAAUUCCUUGAAACUACCAAACAAACACACAAGUCAAAAAAACCUUAGCUCACAUUCUUCUCCUAACCCUCCCAGCCAUGUCAUCCAGCUCACAAUCUCCGACGAUCUCCGACGAUCAUCCUCGACGGACCCCCGGGGGACCACCGGCGGGUUUUCGUACUCUCCCCAGGUUUCUCUCACUAUUCAAAAUUAAAAUGGCGGCGGAUGUGUGAAUCUGUGAAUCUUCCAGACAGGCCAUUUCUUGGUUGCAUUUUCCCUCGUGUGAUUUAAUCAAGGCGGAAAUAUCUUGUUACUUAAGGUAAGACAAGCUUUCAGUACAUUAAGGAUACGUUAGUCACACAGGUUACACAGGAUAUUGCCGUCCUCUUGCGAAAUCUUUCAAUUGCAAUGGUUUUUGAAGGUAAUUUACAUCAUGAUCGCAUUGAUCACUUGAUUUAAACUGCGUACGACAUUUAGUCAAGCAUAUCAUUCCGACUGCAGCGUAACUGGGCCGAUAAACCAAUUUAUUUCUGAUCAUUUUACACGCCCUGUAAGCUUCGGAAGUUGAUCUAAAAUGUGCGAACAUAGAAGUGUCCUUUAUAGUCAGGUCUCUUAAGGUCAGGAUCGUUACAGAGUUGACAAAAGCACCAAACUUUGCACAGCGAUAGCUUAUUGCAGUACCAUGAAUAUUAGAGGGGGUGCCCAAUGCAAAUAUGCCACUGAAGCGUGCUAAACAGGAUUUAAUUAUUGUAAAUUUCACCUGCUGGGGUCCAUGUGGUGUUUUGAUUGAAAAUUGUUAUUUAAUACCUUAAAUCACUCAGAAUGCUCUUCUCAUGUUGUAAACAACAAUUUCACUCGAACAUCUGGCAUUCCCAUCCAUUAUUAGUUUAUUGAUUGUAUAAUUAAGUUGAUUAUUACUGUGCCCUUAAAGCAAGUCCACAGUCCGCCCACAUUUUCAUAAGUCAUUUCUAAGAUGGCCUCGUCUUUGCUUCAUAACUUGCAAGUACUCAGCUUCUGGGGUUCUCUUCUUCUUUUCUAAUGUCUUUCAAUUAGAGCAGGCCUUAUUGUGUGGCUUAAGCCUUAUUUAUCAGGUAUUACUUGUUCUUACAUGUCACUUUAAGCUGAAGAAAGCGUAUGGCAUAGCGAUUCACUCACAAAAUUUCAGAAAAAAGAAAUUGUCAAAGAGUCUGUUGUAUCACAUAUUAUCAGGGAUUUAUGACAGCUGUUCAUGAAGAGCAAAUAACGAAAUGACAGAACCCAAAAUAGUUCUUUCCUGAGGAGGUAAUUAAUUUAUCAGCUUAACAUGGGCCUGGAUGCCUAUCAGUCUCUCUUUAUCUGCUGGAUGCACGUGCGUGUUUUGAGAGAGAAGCAAGCAUCAUGGCUCAAGACGUAUCAUUUACAAUUCCCGCAGUUUGUCUAAGCUUUACAAAGCAAAAACAAACAAAAAAGAAUCUGGUCUCAUAAACGAAAAAAGAAACAAGUUAGCCCAAGCUUCAAAAAACAGCACAGUUUAUCAUGAAGCCUCUACAUUUGGCACUGAAGCACUCAUGUCCAAAAAUAAUAACAGCUUAUCAAGUCGUAAAAGUGAGACUCAAGUGGUACAAGAUUGACUCAAACUGCUGAAACUGUAGAAAGAGGGCCGGGCUAACUUUUACGGCCUGUUUACAUGGAGGAGGGGACCCCAGGUAGGCAUGGUAACCCACUUAGGUGGGGUAACCCGCCUGUCCAUAUAAUCUCUCAUUUUAAUUUGAUCACGUUUACAUGAUAGGUGGGGUGACCCUUCAAGGUGGGUAGCCUGGUCUGCUACACCGGCUAACCCUCUCAGCCGAGGUCAAAUUUUCCCAUGUCAACGUUUCAAGGUGUGGUAACCCAGGCUAGUCGGGGUCUGAUUCGUGAUACAUCAAAUUCGUGCAAAAUUCACUUUGGCGCCGGGUGGCUUCACAUAAUUAUUAAAGGUAACAAUAGAAAGCCACAACUCCGAAGGUUGCAGCAAGAGCAGCAACUGAGCGUAGACGUGGUUUGCCAGCAUUUCUCUUGUUUACGUGCUUAGCGACCAUUCAAUAAUCUUGAGAAAGUGCACCCCAGGAUGGCGGGGUUGUAAGAUUGCAUGUAUAGGAGGGUUAUUUUUUUACCCCACCUAAGCAGGUUACCUCACCUACCUGGGGUCCCCCACCUUUAUGUUAACAGGCCCUAAGUCUCAGGAACCGUGAAAAUAGUAAUAAACGGUAUACCUAACCCGGGAAUAGUUGUGAUACUACUUCCAUCUUCAAAAAUGUCAGAAUGGCAGCCAAAGGAGCCAUUCAUCGGUGUAACACGAAUGUUAGAUUGCGGUUGUUUCAUGCGUCUCGUUUUGUGACUUUUUUGGGGUUCGUUUUUGUCACAUCUCUAAAUUUCAAUCAUGUUCAAAACACCCCUACUAACGAAAUAUUUCGUAAAUCUCUUUAGAAUGAUAUUCAGCAAUAAAAACAAGGUGUGACCAGGAGCCAAUCUCUAGGCUCCUAGUGUGGCAACAUAGGCAUAACUGAAUGCAAAGUUUUGCGGUAUGCAGUUUGUCAGAAAUCUGUUAAUUUGAGUGGGCAAAGUUGGGGCUGAUGGGAGUCUUUAUCACGACCACUCUAUUAUUAUAAGGGACCAGGCCAUAAUUAAAUUAUUGUUGACCCUUGCUUUUUUUUGGUAUUUUCUAUAAUAUAUCAACAACAUUAUCUUGUGAAAAGUUGGUAACUGAAUUGCUCUUGAGGAAUUCAUGAUUGUAAGAUUUUGUAACCACAGUGUAUUCACCUAAUUGCAUCAAACAAAUUACAUUCAUUUUCGUAAAUGAUGUAUCAUUGGUGGGAUAAAAGAGGCCUUGUUCCUGUAACUUUUCUUCUGAAGUUAGUUUGUUUGUAAAUUGUAACGUACUCGUUGACCUUCCUUUUUUUUGAAAGAUCGUAUAGACCUAACAUUAACAUCCUGGUGCGAGGGCUCUGAAGUGAAUGAGCUCCUUACAGGUGUCUAGGCAUGCAGGGACCUCAUACCGCGACUUCUCUUUAAAUGCAAAUGUGUAAAAAAUAAAGAGUGUUAAAAAUUCCUCGAGAGGCAUGUCUCAUCCCAGGGCUUAAUAAAAAAGUAGAAAAAGGUAAAGCGACCAUAUUUUACGUCAAUAGCUCGUGACAGUAAUAAUAACUGAUAAACUUGAGGUCGAUGGUGCACUCCUUUUACCCCCUCUCUCCAUUAAUGCUCCGUUUUAAGGGUAUUUAAAGCUGAGUCAAAGCUACACAGAAAGGAGAGACGUUGAAAUAAGGAUGUGUUGACACCGGGGAUCAAACUUGGGACCUCGCGCCCCGAAGGCUGUGCACUAACUAACUGUGCCACCCUUGCUCCCCCUUUUCCCCCUGAGGACGAGGUUGACAUCAAUCAUUAAUCAUUAUCUCAAGGACAGGGUUACCAACGAAGCAAAUUAUAAUCUAAUCUUAGCUGCACAAUUACAAAGUGGGCGCGUUGUCAGUUAUGGUUCAUGAGGUCGUUCAUUUGGCAUGUCAAUUUAACGAUUCUAUCGUUUAGGAUGUGACACAUUUGGGUUUUAUGUUAUUGUAUGACAUCUUUGAAAGAUGGCUUUGUGAUCUGUUUAAAUUGAUAUGUAAUGAUAUUAUCACUGGCAAAUCUUAGCAGUGACACUGACAGCCGCACAGUGAACAUGGUCACACUUACCAUGUGGAGACUGGGGACUAGUCAGUAUUAUGUACAUGUAAAACUAUUUUGAAUAGUGUAACAGCAACUAAGUAUUACCAAAUUAAAAACUUCAAAGUUUGAAACAAAUGUUUUUUGGCCAAAUCAAAUGAGAAGAGUACUCACCACAGGGGACCCAAUCUGAUAUUAUAGGUGAAAGUUAAUCCCCCCUUUUAUCUUUAAUUAGGACCAUUUGUAACGGGCACCCCCUCCAGUAUUAUUCGGCAGGUGCUAAGGAAGCUCUGUGCCAAAUUUGACACUUUUGUCACUUCUGUAACGAUCCGGCCUAUAUUUUGCACUAAGAGACCUGACUAUUAUUGCACUUUGACUGAAAAUAAAAUAGUGUUCUAUGGCGUAACUGUUCGUUAUUCUAAGGGCAUCUCUUACUUUAAACAAGACAGCAGAUUUUAUUCCGUGUAAUUUUCUGAUCAACUCUCUACUGUAAUAUAUCUCUAAGUGGUCUAUGUACAUGUAACAUCACUCCUUCCAGCCUGAGUGAUUUUUAUCUCAUCUCACAACAAAUCAAGUGACUUCGCUUCAGGUUUAGGAAACUACAAUCGGCAACAAAAUUAUUGGGGCAUUUUACUUAACUAGGGUAAUAAGUACAGAGAAGAAAAGAAUCUACCUCCCUCCCCACUCGCCUUCAUUCAAAGUUGCAGUUUUUGUUGCUUUAACUAUAGGUAGCUUGAACAGCGGCGCAACAUUGCAUGAAAGGGAUGGGGGAGGGAAAGCUUUAUUUCCCGUUUAGAAGUCAGUAAAGCAUCGGCUUUAGGGCAAAGUGUCUCAACUACAUUGUAAUUUUGUCGCCGAUUGUAGCUCUAGAUUGUAGCAAUACACACUUACCUCCACUUAAGGAAACGAAAAGGAAAAUAGAGCAGUUUAUUGAAUGUUGAUUAAUUAUGCAAAAAUCGUAAUUGAAUAUGAUUUAUGCGCAAAUGUUCCUUUUUUUCUCUUGCUUUUCCAUGCAUCACGACUUUGUAUCAUUUUACUACAUGCAAUAGUGACCUAACAUUUCUAAUGCUGGGGAAAAGGUGUUGAUUUUAUUAUUGAUGGUUUUUGUAAGACUGUUAAAUUCAUUUGACUCCAUUUUGAGACAAGAAACUUCAACUACACUGUAGCAAGACAAGUGCUCGUUUGUUUACCUUUUAUUGGCAGAAAUAUUUUUUUCCUAUGGCUGACAACCAAAAUUUAAUGUUUUCUGUUUUUGUCUCCAAAGUGCAGAAUGAGCGGGGAAUUUUGUUGUUCAUUUAACGGAAGUCAUCCUGAGAAUCAUGAUUUUUAUGCCCCCAUUCAGGCUCCUUGAUUAAAAUUUUGGUCACCCAUAGGUAAAUUGUAGGAGCCUGUGGCGACCAGGCCCCCAUUAGGCAGUAGCCUUGACACCGGCUGGUGUAAAGCGUGUAAAUAAAGUAUAGAAACAGUUUUGAUUGUUCAAAAGUUAGACUUCAUACAAAAAUACUGAGUCAAUUUUCCAAACUUUAAGAUAAAAAACCUUUCGGUGGUCCUUUUUUAUUAACUUUGCAUAUGCACUUGUACAUGCAAGUGCUCUUGACUUAACCGUUUACUGUUUUUGCGUGUCUCAAAAAUCCUUUCAAAAUCCUUUCAAGUGGUGAAUAUAAAAAAUGCUUGUUUCUCGAAACUCAGGUCUUGAUUUUUGCGUUUUGAAACUCAAUUUGUUGGAGUUUGAAGUAUUCUUCUGUGUUCAUCUCAUCACGCAAUGCUCAUUAGCGUUGUGUAAUGAGACCAAAUUGUCUGCGUUUCAAGGAGAGAGAAUCAAGUUUCAAGGAAGUGGUCAAGAUUGUCAACUUUAGAUGCAGACACUAUCAAUAUGGUCAUUGUAGUGAACUAAUUAAAACUAGGUUUAGGUACACUGGCUGUACGGGUCCAUUCUUGAAGUACAAUAAAGCAAAUAAUAUCUCUAGUACAGGAAAAAGGAGAUUGGCCCUUGAAUGUUAGUUGAUCCUUUACUACUGUAUGCUACUAUUUGUGCCCAUGAGUUUGAUAAAUAAUAAAUUUCAAGGUUAUCGAUCAACAGAUUAGUGCACCAUUUGUCGUGAGCUAGAAGUGUGACACAUUAAUAAAGUUACUGUCUUUUUUAAUGGGCCCCUAGAAAUGUAGCUUUUUAUUUGAGGAGCCUGAAGGGCUCCCAAAAAUUCUCUUAGCCAGCAACCUUGCUUUAAGGUAAAUGUAAACCAUUGGUUACUGCUAGUUAUAGCAGUUCUAAAUUUGAUUUGGGUUGAGAUAAAUGCAUUUCAAACUGGCAAAACCAGUGGUUCCAUAGCUGACCGUGUCCGUUAAACUAAUCUAUAUAAGGACCAAAAUCAGUUUUUUUAAAAAAUUGGUAUUAUUUAUUCUUUUUAAGUGUGACUUGAAAUCAUAUUCACUAUUUUAGCUGAUAUAUACACCCCUCUUUCUUGAAAAAAAGGCCACCUACAGAAUAACAACAAGGGUAACCACUGGACUCUUACCAAGAGUAAGAGAAUAAGCCAAUUCCUAGAAUAAUCCCUGUUACUCUUUAGACCAAAUAAAUGAAUGAUAGAUGCUAUAACCCUUUAAGCUUCAAGAUCAACGUGGAAAUUCUCCACACUGGCCUCCAUACAAUUCUUGAUAAAUUGGUUGAGAGAAUUUGUUUAAAGAUCAAAGCAUAUUGUUGGGGCAAAUUUUUUUUUCCUUUUGUUUUUCAUUUUCUCACUUACUUGUUAUCGUGUAUUCUUUUUCUUUUCGCUCUCCAGUAUUUUGUUAAUUACGCCCCUUUGUUACGUGCUGUAUGUAAAUUUCGUUAUAGUUUGUUAUCUCACCUUUUUUUACCAGUUUACGUGUCUAUUAGUGUAACAGCAUUAGUGGAAGCAGAUUUUUUUCCUCGGAGGCCCUGACCACCAACCCUGUCAUCCUCAGCAUUUGGUAAGCAGCUUCGUUUUCAUCGUUUUUCAUUAAUUUCAUUUUGCAGUUGCCUUAAAGUAGUUUUUCUGUAUUGUAACUAUUAUUUUUUCGCUCUUUCUAGGAAUUUACUUUUAUGGAUCGUUAAUGGUAAAAACAUUUGUGAUCGUGAACGUGUUGUGUUUUGGAAUUGGCCCUUGCCCGUUGACAUAUUUCCUUGAAGUGAUCGUUUUAUUAAUUAUCAUAACCUUUCUACUUGAUUAUAUACUGAUGUUGUUUGGGGAAAAUUGAUGUUGAUCACUCCUGGGACUUAAAGGGAUAAAUAAAUCACGACUGUAACACUUCAUGUGAACUGAUCUUGUAUGGAAGUUGCGAUUUAUUUUUGAUCUUCCAAUUUCAUAUGCUUGAGUGUUUCCACUUUGCAUUCCAGUGUUAUUAUGAAGAAUCAAUUAUUGAUACCAUUUUCUGGCUGUUGUUUGGUUGUUUGUUUGUUUGUUUGUUCCUGGUCCAAAACAGGAAGUAGGGAACCAUUACUUCAGUCUGUUCCUUCCUUUUCUUUUUUUGUGUUUAUUGAUGCAUUUCACAGUAAAUUAAAUAACCCUCUCCCCUCUCUAAUAAUCCUCCCUCUCUGUUAAGUUCUCCCCAUCAAACAUGCUUCAAAUGAAAAGGCCUAUUAAUAUAUGAUUUAUAGUAAUACAGGUUCCACUAUAUUGUCAUUAUGAAUGCUGUAUGAUGAACCUUAAUCACCAUUAUUUUAAAAGUGUGUUAUUUUACAAACCACAGGGAACUCUCGCAUCCAAAUACAAAGUCAACAAAUACCAUAAAAUUCCGAAAAUAAGCCCGGGGCUUACAUUUUUGAAAGGCCCUUUUUGAGGUGCUUAUUUUUGGAGGGACUUAUACAUGGAGGUGCUUAUUUCAGAAUUUUACAGUAAUCAAGUGACCCAUGUUGAUGGAUUCUGUAGUUUGAAGGGUUCACAUAAAACUUUAGGUAUGUAAUCAGCUGGUCUAUGGUAUGGAGCUACUUUUUCAUGAGCGGGUGUCUUAAAAGUUUUCUAAUUUUCCACAUGUCCCUGACGACACCACCUUUAAACUACUCACGUCAGGCCUCUCACCACCAGGCCGCAAAGGUUAUGCUGGCGGCAACGAAACAAAUAAUGUGUAUUUACCUAAUUAUGGUUUUUCAUCUUUCUAAAGGUAUCCUAACUGUAAAACCUUAAAAGAAGAGCAACCUCAAUGUCCUUUGAGUGUCAGAAGUGUGGCAAGUGUUUUAACAAUACAGGACACUUUAGAGCUCAUGAAAGAGUUCACACUGGGGAAAAGCCAUAUGAAUGUAAACAUUGUGGCAAGUGUUUUAGUAAAGCAGGACACCUAAGGACUCAUGAAAGGGUUCACACUGGGAAAAAGCCUUAUGAAUGUAAACAGUGUGGCAAGUGUUUUAGCCAAGCAGGAAACCUAAGGACUCAUGAAAGAGUUCACACUGGGAAAAAGCCUUAUGAAUGUAAACAGUGUGGCAAGUGUUUUAGCGGAGCAGGAAACCUAAGGAGACAUGAAAGAGUUCACAAUAGGGAAAAGCCUUAUGAAUGUAAACAGUGUGGCAAGUGUUUUAGUGAAUCAGGAGUCCUAAGGAGACAUGAAAGAGUUCACACUGGGGAAAAGCCUUUUGCAUGUAAACAGUGUGGCAAGUGUUUUAGCCGAUCAGGAGUCCUAAGAAAACAUGAAAGAGUUCACACUGGGGAAAAGCCUUAUGAGUGUAAACAGUGUGGUAAGUGUUUUAGUGGAGCAGGAAACCUUAGGAGUCAUGAAAGAGUUCACACUGGGGAAAAGCCGUAUGAAUGUAAACAUUGUGGCAAGUGUUUUAGCGAAGCAGGAAGCCUAAGGACUCACGAAAGAGUUCACACUGGGGAAAAGCCUUACGAAUGUAAACAGUGUGGCAAGUGUUUUAACCAAGCAGGAACCCUGAGGAGGCAUGAAAGAUUCCACACUCAGGAAAGAUCACUUAAAUUUUCCCAGAAAAACAAACGUCUUUCCAAACGUUUCCAAUCCUGUAAACGGAAGAGAGCAGAAAGUGAAAACGUUGAUGUCAGGGCAACAGGCUUUACAGAGAACCAGCAGACACAGAGAGAAACCGGAAACACUGGUGUAACAGAUGCACGAUCAGUCAUUAUUGAGAACCACAGCUGUUGGAUUUGCCAAGAGGAGAUGAGUAGUGAGGCUCUUCUUCUUCAACAUUAUGAAAAUCAUAUGACCCAUGUUUGUGACGAUUAUUCUUAA